AUGGCCCCGAGCGUAGAGCACGAGCUUCGCCAGAUCCGCAGGCCGGCUGCGGCGACGACCUGGUCAAGACACUCGGCGGCAGAAGACAUAACUCCUUCAUCUGCGGGCGCACGUCCAGGAACACAGCAACCUGCCGUGCCAACAACGACCACGACGACAACGACAAGCCCUCCGUCUCCGCCGUGGCUCAGGCUCAAGAUCUUUGGGGUCGCAUUCUCCUUCUUUUGUGCCGGCAUCAACGACAGCACGCUGGGCCCGCUUGUACCGUAUAUGCUCACCUCUUUCUCGAUCGGGACGGGGCAGAUUGCUAUCCUUUACGCCUCCUCCUUCAUAGGCUGGUUCCUGGCGGCCAUCACCAAUCCACUCCUCACACCUCACCUGACUCUUGGCCAGCUCCUCUGCCUCGGCGCCGCCGUCCAGCUCGUGGCGCAGUGCCUCCGGCCCUGGUCGCCCUUCCCCUUGUUCUGCGUGACCUUUGCCCUGCAAGCCCUGGGCACGGGCUACCAGGAUGCCCACGGCAACACGUUUGUGAGCGGGGUGCGGCUUGCGCACCGGUGGCUGGGCUUGAUUCACGCCAUGUAUGCGCUCGCGCUCGUCAUGGGUCCGCUGGUGGCCACGUCCAUCGCUGCCCACCCGAGCGCCACAGGACGCGGGGUGGUGGGAGGGUCAUCGUCGUGGAGGCGGACGUAUUUUGUCACGUUGGGCGUGAACCUUGUGAAUCUGGCGUGGGUGAUGGUUGCGUUUAGGGACUCGCUGGGGAAGAUCCACUCGGAGACGGCGAGGGGACGGGCAGACGGAUCUACAGCUUGGUCUGCCCUGCGUGAUAUGGGCGUAAUGCUAAAGGUGAAGGAUGUUUGGCUGAUCAGCCUCUUCUUCUUCUUCGCCCUAGGGGCAUCGAUGACCUCGAGCGGCUGGGUCGUCGACUACCUCGUCGAUGUCCGAGGCGGCAGGCUCUCGAAAGUCGGCUAUGUGCCCACAGGCUACUCUGCAGGCCUCUUCCUCGGUCGCCUUUUGCUUCCUGAGCCAACAUACCGGUUCGGCGAGAAGCGAGCGCUCUUGGUCUUCUUCGCCAUGGCGAUUGGAUUUCAGCUGGUCUUUUGGCUGGUGCCAAAUGUCAUUGCGGAUGCCACGGCGCUGAGCGUCCAAGGGUUUUUCCUGGGCCCCUUUUUUGCGACUGGCGUCUCUGUUGCGUCCAAGAUCUUUCCACGGAAGAUACAGGCAGCAGCCCUCAGCUUCGUAUUUGUUGUUGCCCAAGCAGGGGCGGCCAUCUUCCCCUCAAUUACGGGCCUGAUCGCUGAGAGGGAGGGCGUGCAGGUCCUGCAGCCCAUGAUCCUGGCCCAGCUGAUUGCGGCGACCAUCUUCUGGGGGGUUGUGCCCAAGGCCACGGAGCGUAGGGAGUGA